CAAGUUGAAGUAAAAGAAGAGGAUAAAGAAAAGACCGCAUUUAUUACAAAGUUCAGCCUAUAUGAAUUUAAUGUCAUGCCCUUUGGACUUUGUAACACACCAUCUAUCUUCCAAAGAUUAAUGGAUGUUGUAUUCGAACCAGCACUUUGGAAGUAUGCUAUGGUCUACAUUGAUGAU